UUCACGUGUUUCAAGAAAGUGGAGUCAACAGUAUUCUGCAAGUAUAACGUUCCCAACUGACAUAAACCAAGUCACCAAGAAAUCUCAAAAGUACCUUGCAAAAUCGAACGUUAACCUAACAAGAAUGAGUUCAAAUCAAACUUCAGAAACCAGAUGAACAAGAACAAGACAACAACAAUGUCUUCCCUCUCAACCACACUCUUCCCUCUUCUCUUUUGUCUUCUCUUAUCAUCAGUCUCAUCUCAAGAAGAUUCACACCAUUGGCCAGGCUUCAUCUACACAAGAACCGGAGGAAGAUGCAGUGCACAGUUUUGGAGCGGAAGACAAGAAACAUGGCCGAGAAUGGUACCAGAGACAUCAACGGUAUCGAAUGUGUUUGGAUGGAGAGUGUAUAAAAGAUACAGAUCUGAUCUUACGUUACUUGAAGCAACGGGUAGGAACGAUGAAGUGGAGAACCCUUUUGGAGCUUUGUUGAAAGAGGGAACAGCUGCACUGAUAAACUCGUAUGCGAGAGAUGGUUUUCCGUUUAGGUCAUGGCAGGUUAAGACUUUGGUUAUGCAAGGUUUUGUUUCUGAGGUUGCUGCUGCUUCUCAAGCCAAACUUUUCUCUUUGGCUAAUCAUGCUUGCUCCUAAAUCAAUGUAAUAUAUUCAUAUUCACUAUGUUUUUUUAGUUUUCUUUGUUGUUCUUUUUUUGUAGAUGGAAAUGGAAAUCACUCCUUUGUGAUGUUGUUUUGGAAAGAUGGUGAUAUGAAAUAUGAAUGACUGAAAAUUAGUAAUGAGUUUUUUUUGAAUUACUUCUUGCUUCACUUUUCUCUCUUAAUCUUUCAUUUCAUUUUCUUUUUAAUCAACACCUAUACAUUUUUAUGGAUUUGGAUCAACAAAAUCAUGUAAUCACGGUUAAGAGUCCCACAUCGGAUAAUAUAUGGUCUGAACAUGAGUUUAUAAAUGGGGACAACCCUCACUCUACCAACCGAUUUUGUAGGGUUGAGUUAGGCCCAACCACACUUCUUAACAUGGUAUCAGAGCCUAAUUUAAGAUCCGGUGGGUCGCCUAUUAUGGUUUCCGCUUUUUCUUGAUCCAUCCGAUCUAGAUUAGACAAUAUAGUGUGUCUUGAUCCGGAUGUGUUAUGUUAAAAAUAUUUUUAGUAAUUCAAGUGUUUUAAUCUAUUAACACGGGGUAUAACCGGUUACACGAGAUGCAUUUUCACUUCUGGAUUGGUGAACAAGACAAAUAUUUGAGUGGCUAACCAGUUAACAUUUGAGAUUAACCAGUGAUCACUGAAUGUGUUAUUUUUGUAAUGUCAACUAUAAUCGGUUAACUAAUUGGUGUAACCGGUUAUUUGCUCGAGUUUUUGUAAUUUUAGUUGUGUACUUGUAUAUUUUAGGUCCGAAUCAUUUUGUAACACUUGUAUAAAUGUCUUGAAGGCAUUCUCAUCUCAAGUUAGUGAAUGUAAUGUGAAUAUUACCUCUCUCUCCA